GUUGACUGGGGCCACGGUUGCCAACCUGCAGAGACGCAGUCAAGUACUGUAGCCGUCCUUGCGGUGCCUCGAGGGGCUCGCUUCUGGGUGCCUGGCGCGCGCGGAUCGCUUGACUGCAGGUUCAGGCAAGAAGCGCCCCUUGUCCGACCUGGGUCCUCGGUCCUCCAACGUCCCUUCAAAGCCAGCCGCCGAAAAGAAAAGACGCUCGACCUGGCAGCACUUUGCAACCGCCGGUAGCACACCAAUACCAGCAGAGAAUAAGGAGGAAACGCGCAUCUUGUUGCAUCCCGUCCCAUCAAAUUCUUGUGCCACCGCAGUCAUGCUCACGGAACGCGAGUUGCAAAUAAACCCCAUUGUGCAAGAAUCAGUGCUGCACAACACCAAGACUCUCACAACCCUCCACAACCUAACAGCUUCCCUCUUCGGUGUUGGCGCUGGCAUCCUAGGUCUCGAGUCCUACCUAGGAUUUGUCUUCUACCUGAUCUUCUCGCUGAUCACCUCUGCGCUCGUAUAUGCAUUCCGAGUUCGACCGGGGAUUGUCAAGGAAUAUUUUCGGAGCAGCAUCGAGCUAUGGACAGGAGGCUUGUUCGAGGGGCUUAGUGGGUUCGUAUUGACGUGGACACUCUUUUAUGGGUUGGUCAGGGCAUAAGCCUCAUCGACAGAAUGGGUCAGGAUAGAACGGAGAAGAUGUGCAAUGCGACAUCUUGUUAGAUGUUUCCCACAUCGUCAUGGGUUGGGCCGGCGUCACGGUUGCAUGUCAAAUUAAUACCACGGAUUACAUCACGAGCCAGGAUCCGAUAUCAAUGGGUAGCAAUGAGUGAACAUAGCAUAGAUGUAAUAAAUAUCUUGCAAGUC